CAGGACGUGAUGAGCGGGUGAUGAGGGAGUUGAAGUAUUGUGUGCGGUUGUUGUUAUUGUGAUGUGUUAAUGUCCCUGCAAUCAACAUCUAGCAUCUAGCAGAAGGACAGUUUUUACUUGAGUAGCCAACAUUGAACAAAGCAAAAUCUCUGAUGUACCAGGCAGGAACUUGGAAGACAACACUUUCCAAAACAGAAGAACAGAAUUUAGAACCAAGAUUGCUGGUGGAGAGAAACACAAGAGAUUAGCUAUAAAUGGCAAUAUUCUGUCAUUAAAUAACCUGAAGAGCAUGGCAACUCCGUAUGUGGUUCAGAAAGUGACCUUAAAUCAUUCUAACUCUGGGUAUCACCAUCCAGAAUCACAGGGUGAAUUCAGUUGUGGUGAGACUACACACAGGAACCCAAAUUAUUACCAGUGUCAUUUUGCACAUGCCAGUUGGUGUCAUGUUUGUGAAGUGCGUAGAAGUCUCCAGUGUGGACGGAGACGUAGCAAAAGUGAAGGUUUGGAAGCUGAUCCUCUUCGGGAGUGUAAUAGGCUGCAUGACUCAAGGUAUGAUAAUGAGCACUGGAGAAAGAAAGUGGUAACAGAAUAUGACUUAUGCAGUUAUCAACCGAACUCUCAUGAGUUUGUGAGGCAGGCAGAUAGCCGGCAAUCUCAUUCGCCCAGAGAGAUCUUAUAUCAGACAUUACCUCAGCCCAUGGAUGUAGAUGGAACUGCAGAACAGCACAGAACCAUAGUUCCUCUAAAGAAGUAUAAAGAUUGUUUUCUGAAGGGCCAUCCUCAUUACCAACAUAAGAAUACUGAUAACAGUUUCCCUGUAACCCAAAGCAUGUUGCUUCCUGAAGCAAAUGAGAAUCCAAAACAUUUCAUUAAUUCAUAUGAUGCAUGUAGUGAUGUAUGUCCAGAUAGAGGACACAGUUUGAGUGAUUCAUUUCCAAGGAAACUUACCAAAAAAUCUUGUGAUACUGUUAAAAGAAAUGGUGCACUCUGUAACCAAACUUGGACUGAAGGAGGUGAGUGUGGUAAAUGGCAUUUCUCACAAAAACCUAAAGCAAAUAAUGUUGGUAAUCACUUUCGCUCAUUGUAUGGUUUUACUAUAAGACAAGAUGCUCAUUUUUGUGGUACAUCGGGUGAAAAUAACCAUUGUUGUCACUCACAUCGUCUGAAUGAAGAAGGUGGGGCUGCCCCAUCAAGACAUCCAUUUGUAGUGGAUACUGCCUCAAUGCAGGACCGCUAUCUUCAUGAGGUGGAAGUUCUUCGUAGCAAAUUACGAGAAUUGCGGGGUGGUGUAGAUGGGAAACGGCUACGUCAGCGAAGUGAAUCAGAACCUGGAGCAGGUUUUGGUGGUAGUUGUCAGGAUAGUUCGUGGGAACCCAAACGAGCUCGAGAUGGUUCUCCAGGCCUAACAGAGAACUUGAAUUGUUGUUACAUAGAAGAUACUAAAUGCUCAUCUUAUGCUCAACACCAGUCAGAGCCCUCGGUUUCUCAUAGCAGCCGCUUGGAAGUGAUGCAUGUUCAUAAGCCAUCUGUUCACAGAGGACAUAACACCAAGAUUCUACAUUUUCCAGUAUCUUCAAAGACUGUAAUUGGAAAACAUUCUUCAGAUCUUCAUGAUGAUGAUGAUGCAAGCCUAUCUUCUGACUCAGACUUUGCUGACAGUGAACGGACAUGUGGCAGCGGUGAAGAUGGAGACAGCAAAGGAGAACCAGGGGAGGAUAGUGAGGAAGCAGAUGACCAGUCUGUGCUCAGCAGCUUAACCACCAUAUCAAAUGAUUCUAAUACCCCAUCAGUAGUGGGGGAGACUCUUGGAUCAAUAUCUCUCAGUGACCAUGCUCAUAGGAAAGUUAUCCCAGUGACAUCCAUGAUUGAAACAAAGGGCUUGCCUGGAUGUCUGAGGAUGAGCUUGUUUUCAUAUGUUCCUCCAUAUAUUCACUUUACCAUGCAUGAUGUCAAGGGUGAAGGUCUUCCAGCUGAAAUUCAGCGUCACAUGAAGUGGAAGCUGAGUACCAUCACUCCACUUGUCAUUCGCCGUACACUUGUAAAUUCAGGUUUCAGGCUUGUUAGAAAGUCAAAUGACUGGUGUGGUACAUGGGGAAAACAUAUGAAAUCAUUGUGUUUCAAAACCUUAAAAGAGUUCCAGAAGAUCAAUCAUUUUCCAGGGACAUUUCAGAUUGGCCGUAAAGAUCGGCUAUGGAAGAAUUUGUACCGCCUUAUGACAAAGUUUGGGAAGAAAGAAUUUGGGUUUAUCCCUCGCACAUAUGUACUACCUCAAGACAGCAAGUUGCUUCGCCAGGCUUGGGAGAAGAGUUGUGGCAAGGAGAAAUGGAUUAUUAAGCCACCUGCAUCUGCAAGAGGUACUGGCAUUAAGGUUGUUCACCGCUGGGCUCAGAUCCCCAAAAAGCGACCAUUGGUGGUGCAGAAGUACAUAUCACAGCCUUACCUCAUCAACGGUAGCAAGUUUGACCUACGCCUCUAUGUACUUGUCACCAAUAUCAAUCCUCUCCGCAUCUACAUAUAUGAUGAUGGAUUGGUUCGGUUUGCGUCAGUGAAAUACUCCAGUGACAUGGCAAGCCUGGGUGAUCGCUACAUGCAUCUCACCAACUACAGUAUUAACAAGAUGAGUAGUCAGUAUACCCAAAAUGAGGAUGCUACGGCUUGCCAGGGACACAAGUGGACAGUGAAGACGCUGUGGACAUACCUAGAAAAAGAAGGUGUGGAUGUAACAGCUCUGUGGAAUAGUCUGGUUGAUCUCGUUAUCAAGACAAUCAUCAGUGGAGAGUCAUCCAUUAACCAGCUAACACGAGCCAACCUUGUUUCUCGUUACUGUUCAUAUGAGUUGUUUGGCAUUGAUGUGCUGUUGGAUGAAACCCUGAAGCCCUGGCUCCUUGAGGUGAACAUAUCUCCCUCCUUACACUCGUCUUCACCAUUAGAUUUGGCUGUGAAGGGUCCGAUGGUAAGAGAUCUGCUGAACAUGGCUGGCUAUCAGGUACCCAACAAGUUGCUUAUUGCUCAACAGGAAGAAAUUCUGAGCUCAUUUGGUGUGAAGGACAAGACGAUUCCACUGUGUUUUGACAAACGCCUCUACAUCACUGCUUUAUCCAAAGAAGAGCGAAACAAACAUUCCUUUUACCAGCAGAAUUGCUCCAGAGAAGAGUAUCUCGAGGAUAUUCUGAAGCAUUUGACUCCAGACGAUGUGCGGCAUCUCAUUCAGUCAGAAGAUGAGUUAACUCAGGCUGGAAGAUUCUUGAAGAUCUUUCCGACAACCGCCACACACAUGUAUCACGAGUUCUUUGAGGCUCCACGAUACUACAAUAUGAUGUUUGAUGCUUGGGAAAAUAAAUACAGUGGAAAUAGGCAAGAAGGCAUUGAACUCUUGGAAUCUUUGUGCCUACAGAAGGCACACUUGGUCAUUCCUGUUCCAGGAGGUCUAACCAAGUCCUCUGCCAGCCAGUCGAAGACCUUCCCAACAAGCCCAAGCCCUCCACCAGCACAUGAAGAAAAAUAUGAAACACAACCUGUUGUUGAAAGCAGAAAGGUUCAGUGUUUGUCUUCAGUAGCUCUCUACCGAGCUGCUCGUCCUCGCAGUGGAAAGUUUAGUGUCGUACUGAAACCCUACCCACGUUCUGCAUACCUAACAAGGAAAGCAAAACCUUCCAUUACACCAGCAAAAACAUCAAGCAGUGCCCCAACAAAUAGUGUUAUUGAAGUUCAGUCUUCUUCACACCCUACACUUGAUGACCAUCCUGUGAAAGAAGUAGCCUCAUAUUGACAGUAGCCUUAGGAAGUAGGUGAGUGGUAUAAAAAAUGGAUGCCAUCCACACAGUUGAUAGUAUAAAUGUGUUUGAAAAAUGGAAUGUAUUUGGCAUAAUUUUUUAAAGCCUAAUUCAUAAAUCUUUGUAACAUUCCUGAACUAUUUUUUUAAUGACACAUUUUUAAGUGCUGUAUUGAAUUUGUCUCUGCAUAUAAAAAUCUUAAGGAAACAUAUUUCCAUUAUUUGUGGUCCAAAUGAGAUAGCCUAACAGUCUUUUGCUGAUUAUUGCAGUGCUUUAUAUGCCGUAUAUAUUGUUAUGCAAGGGAGUGUGUUCCAUAUUUAUUGACUUUUCUAAUGAUUAAGAAGUUUGACGUGUAAAAUUGCUGUGCACAAUGUAAAUAUAUCUUAUGCCUUCCAGUAACAAUAUGUUAUAAUUAAAAACAUGUCUUUUGCAAGAUGGGCUCAUUUCUUACAACUCCAUCAUUCUAUUACACUCAAGGCUCUCCUUAGGACUCUCCCAUUUGUGUUGUCUUCAUUCUUCUUCUGUGCUCUACAUUAUAAAUGAGGGAGCCAGAUGAAUUAUAGGAGCAUACAGAUUAAGUUGUUUCUUGUCACAUUGCAGUGCCAUCAUAAUUCAUUAAGGCUGCAGAGUCAUAAUGUACCACACAGCAAACUCUGACAGUGGAAUGUUCUUAUGUAUCCAUUUGCACCAGAUAAAAAGUGGGAAUACUUUGAAUGUUUAGUUAUAAGUUGAAAGUUGAAUUUGAAUUAUAAUAAUAAUAAUAAUAAUACCAAAAUUUAAAUAUACACAACAUUUACCUUUUACGCCAAUUCUAUGCUUUCAUGUUGUUGAAAUGUGCAGUUAUUCUAGAAUAUUUUAAGGCAUUGUGGUUUGCAGAUUAGAUUCCUUUAUACUGAGGGCAUGUUUGCUACAGAAAUUAGAUUGCUGAGGGAAAUCUGAGUGGUCAUUGCUUAAAGGCAAAGUGUUUGGUACAUUUUUGAGUUGUGCAUUCAGUUUUGUUACCUCUUUGUUAAAUCUGAAAUAAGCAAUGCAUGCAUUCCAUAUUUUAACUAUUCCAUAUACAGUAAUUGUCAGCAUUUCAUAUGAAUGAAAUUUCCAUGUCAGAUGGGCAUUCAGUUUUAAUGCAUAUUUGUUAAUUUUGAAUUUAAAAGUGCAUACAUUUACCAUUCUAACUACACUUGGCAAAUGAUUUUAAGCAUUUCAUAUAAAUCUAUUAUUUCAUUAAGUCAGUCAGUUACAUGAAUCAUUGUUGCAUAAAUGUACUUAGUUCUGAUUGUUUAAACCAGUGUCAUGGUUCACAAAUUAAUUUGAUUUUGUGUCUUGUGAGGGGCAUGUCCCUUGCAUUCAAAUUGAUAUUGACAAUAGAAGUAAUAGUAUGUCCAUCAUGUAUAUCCAGAGUGGCCCAGAAGGAAAGGUCAGUAUUCUGGGUGGUCAUAGUAUUGGCCAUUCUAAGCAAUAACUUGUCUAACAUGCAUGUAUCCUUUUCCGAGUGUUUUCCGAGAUGGAGCUAUUUCACUGUAUAGUUCAAAACUUGGUGAUAAGAAAAAGAUACUACCUACUGCUUCUAAUACUGAUAUCUAUUGUUCAAGUGACAGUUGGUACAGUUUGCAUACAUUUUCAAAAAUUCCACCAUCAGUAACAAUGAACUUUGCAACUUGCGUGAAGACAUGAAAUGUUGCUUGUCUCUACAGUGUAAGAGCUCUGUCUCAGAAACCAUUUGGAAUAAGACACCUGUACAUAUACACUUUGUUGCUUAGAAUGAUCAAACUAUGGUCUCCCAGAAUAUUGAUCUUUCCUCCUUAGACGCUGUAUAUAUUAAGUUCCAGAGCUAUUUCAUAAUUCUGGUGUGAAACUUGGAUUGUUUCACAUUUCAUUUCACAGAAAUAUUGUUUUUUUUUUCAGGUGGUAGGUGAUAUUUUAUUUUCUGUUCAUUAUUUACUACAGCUGUGUUUAAACAAACAGCAAAUAAGGGGGAUUUAUUUGGAUACUUCUGCAAUUUGGAUUUCUGUAUGUACUCCAUAUAUUGUAAUACAUGAAUUGUUAAUUUGUGUUUGUGUUGGAUUGUAAAAGCUGUAGGUAUGGAUGAUACUAGAUGUUUGGGAUGAUCACUGAAAAGAAUGUAAAAACUUCUAGAAAUCUUCACUUUGUUAUAUACAUGUUUUAUAUCUUGCUACCAAAUUGAGAAUUUGUCAGGCAUUUAGUUAAUAUUGUCACCCUCUAAUGACAGGUAUUUUGUUUUUGUAUCAUAAGCAAAAGGUAAAGCAAUAAACUAAUAAUUUGUGAUAUAAAAAAUGCUUUUAAAUACCUGUAUUCUAUUGAACUUGCUUGAGCCCUUUGAUCAAACAAGUGAUUUAAGAGCAGUAAAAUAAGAUGAUAACAUUUUUAAAGUACACAGUUUUUUUUUAAACUAGAGAUAGUCUUGCACACAAAAAUAAAUUAACAUAAUAGCCUUUAUGUUUCAAAUUUAAGUGGAAUUUCAGAUUGAAUGCCUUGAAUACAGAAACAUAAAUUACACACAUCUCAUAUCUGUGAAGAAAUAUUGUUCACCCUAUACCUUGUUAAAACAUUUGUGCUUACUGUUUAUUUACCCUUAUUUUCUUAUCCAUAUUAUAUUAAUCUGUUAUGGGUCUAAGCUUUGUCUAAUUGAUAUUUGAACGUUCAUUUCCUACCUCCAAGGAAACAAUUUGUAUAUGUUAUAAAGAUCAAUUGAUUAGUAUUUAGGAAAAAGUUGCUGUUUCUCCUGAGAGCCAAGGAAAAAUGAAAAUGAACUUGAGGUAAGUGCCACAUUAUUUAGUGUAAAAGGUAUAGAAUAAAACAAUACAGACUUGUUAUUGGAGCA